AUGCUCUCCAGUCUGGUAUUUUAUCCAUCUUUGGGAUAUAAUUUAUUGAGGAAUUACGUACAACCCCAAAAAUGGACAUGGUAUAAUCGGGUUGAUGAUACACUUUUGAUUGGCGCUCUUCCGUUUAAAUCAAUGAAGGAUGAGCUUGUUAAUAAGGAAAAUGUUGGAGGAGUUGUAUGCUGUACGGAAGAAUUUGAAUUGAAGGCUGCAUUUCAAGGAAUGCAAGAAGAGGAUUGGAAGAAGGAAGGCGUUGAAUUUUUUGCUAUCCCGAUGAAGGAUUUCACCGGAACAGCUGCCCGCCCACAAAUCCAUGAGGCGGUCUUGUUCAUGGAAGGAAUUGCCGCUAAAGGAAAAUCAGUAUAUGUCCACUGCAAGGCUGGUCGAACGAGAAGUGCAACGGUCGCCACUUGUUAUUUGAUGAAAUCGCGAAAUUGGAUGUCGAACGUCGCCUGGGAGUUCCUGAAGGACAAACGUCAUCAGGUUGUGCUUCGGAAUGCUCACUGGAGGACAGUGAAUGAAUAUCGUCGAUUCCUCGACGCCAAUUGCAAAUCGCCACCAAGUUCGCCAUAA